AUGUCGGAUGCUCCCGGUGAGGUUCCUUUCUCGUUGGAUGAAGUAGACGCGAUGGGAAUGGGAAUUGACUUGAGCGGCGGUGGCUGCUGCGGCACAGGCGUCGCUGCCGCUGCUGCGGCGCAGGCGUCAGAGCAGUCUCUUUUAGACCAGUUGGGUUUCUUUGAUGACCCCAACGUGUGCAUCGUAUGCGGCGAGCCCCGGUACAUGCGUCAUCGUUUCUGCAAGCCCCACAAGUCACUGGCCGAGUCCUUGCGAGUGGACGCAGAGCGACAGGACCUCGAUAAGACAAAGGCCACAGGAACCAAGACGACAGAGUGUUCAGAUGCGCACAAGGAGGCCAUGGCAGAUCCAGCGAGGUGCGUGAUGAAGAUGAAAAUGGCAGAGGAGGCUAACCCCAGCGCGAGCAAAGGCAAGAAGCGCAUCAAGUUCGACCACAUGGACCACGCCCACUCGUUUCGCAAACAGAACGUGGCAGAGGACUUCAAUCUGCUAAAGAAGGUCGACUUCAUCGAAUUCAGCACCACGAUGGAAAGGAAGCGCAGAUGGACACCUGCGCGUUCUUUGCAGGAGUGGGACAAGCUCAAGGACGACCCCUCGAUUGGCCGAGAUAACCUUGGACAAGAGAAAGGCUUUGAGCUCAGGCUGCGCCUCAAAAAGGGUGACUAUGUAAAGGUUGGCACUGCGUCAAUCGAGGAGAAGUCGCUGACGAAUACCUCCAAGAAGAUGAAGUCAGCAUCAGCAGACGAGUUGUCGCAGAUGAGGGCAGAACUCAGCAUGGGCAUGCAGACGUUCGGCGGCGACUUCCACAGCGUUGGCGCCAGCAGCUCCAGCGCCAACGCGCCGAGUUUCAGUGCGCCCUUGGGGCCUGGCGCUAUGCUGGCUCAGAUGGCUGUGACUACCACGCCUGGCAGCUCGACCGUGCCAUCAACGCCAGCAGGAUCAUUCAUGCCUGGGACGCCAGGUCGCGUGGCGUCCGCCACAGCCCAGUCAUCUAGCCCAGCCGCCUCCAUGGAGGGCGCGGGCGGCGGCGGCACGCCCAAUGGCAAGCAGCCUCCGCCGCUGGACAUGGCCCUCCGCGCCAACACGUCCAGCAAGAUCGCCAGGGAGCAAGACCUCGAGAUCGUGAAGUUGUGCGAGGCCGCCCUCAAGGGGCAGGAAGCCAUCGAGCGCAAGGAUGUGUCGAUGGCCGAUGACAAGGCCCACUUUGACAUUGUACAGCAGCGGCUCAACAUGCUCUUACUGGUGCUUCUACUGGUGCAUCGGGAGCCCAACAAGGAGCUCCCUGAGGGCAAGGUUGCGUGGUGCCACCAGAGGAUCCUAUCCCAGGAGAAGCUCAUGAAAUUGUUCGUGACUUCUAUCGUUGCCGACGGCCCUGCGAACGACGUGGUAGACGUCGAGAAGGAGGUUAACAUCGAGCAGAACAAAAUCAUCUCCAUGCUUGAGGGGUCUGCAUAUGUUCCAAUUGAGAACCCGCAGAGCUUGAAGAACGUUGGAGUGAUCGCCAUGCUUGCUCACCAGGUGACAACGAUGGAGAGUACAGCUACGGUGAAAUCAGCUCUCAGCAACUGGGUGGAAACAAAGUUGGCGUGGAAGCAGUUGGCCAAGGCCCUGAACAAAAGCAUCACUGACCUCAAUGGGGACAUCAAUCGGCGCUUCGACGCGCAGCAAAAAGAGAAGUCCGAGGCAGAGAAGAAGGAGGCGGCAGCGGCAGUGAGGCGCAGGCAGGAGGAGGAGAGGUUGGCAGCGGAGCAGAAGGCACGAGUUCGAAUCAACACAGACAUCUUUAAGCUCAAGGUCGAGGCGGACAUGGCGGCCCCGGUGCGCCGCAGCGACGCGGAGUUCUUGGAUGGAGCGCCGCAGGUUGACUACACCAAGCCGCUCGUUGUCGUGAGCGCGGCCGUGCAGAACUUCGCCGAGGGGAAGCUUGCCCAGCCCAUGCUGCAGAGGUUCUUGGCUCAGUACAAGGGGGUGCCUCAGUUCAAGGACCCCACUGGGGAGGGCCGCAUCUUCGCGCCCGUGUCGGCGGCGACCGUGGCCCAGGCGAUGAAGAGCUUGAUUCACACCUUUGUCCCAAAGGAGAACCAUCCAAACAUCGAGCCCACUGUUGUCGACAUGAAGAAGUUAACGUGGCCAUGGCUCUGGGGCAUGAGGGAGGACCUCGUCCACUCCAGUCCGGAGUCUCACGGGCUGGGGUCGAUCCGCAUCGUUCUCGGUGGAGGGGUUUCCAUAAUGUGCUUGAUCGGUGAUGCAGCGACAGGGCUCAGUUUGGGCAUAAAUGUCGAGAACGCGCUGCUGGAGUCGAACAUCCUUCGUUUCAGCUGCAUGUCGCAAGAGGACCUCACCAAGAUGAAGGGCCAGGUGUUCUACAUGAGCGCGCCCACGCACAGCGUCGUCUACCUACCUCCAGGCUGCCACGUUAUCAUGGCACCGACCAACAAGCCGUGCAACAUGUACGGAUUCAAGCAGCUCGUGAUGCCAGAAUCGAUUUUGCCUCUUCAGAUGACCAAGCUGAUGCUUCCAUGGACUUCUAUUUUCUCAAACUCGUUCAUGCUGAAGGAUAGGAACAUCCUUGAUGCUAUGAUCAACGUCUGGGACCCAGAUGGGGCCUUCCGCCAGACCAAAAGCGAAGAACUGAAGGUGAAGCAGCAGCCCCCAGAUGGACUGGGUGAUGGAGGUGAGCGUGGCGAGGACCUCAGCACGAGCGCGAUGGCCACGCCUGUCGGAGCGCCCCCAGAGCAGCGAAGCCCAGCGUCGCCAGAUCUUGAAGAUCUUGAUGGGGGUCGGGAUCGUGCUCCUGGGCACUCGGUGGAUGCGCUGUUCGAUACUGGUGGAGCUGCAACUGAGGGUCCAGUGGCUGCGGCUGCACCAUGUGAGCCAUUGGCUCCAACAGACUUGGGCGUGGUCCAGGGUGCGUCCAAUGCCACGGAGGUUCAGGAGGACGGGGAGGAGGAGGGCCGCAAGGGCACCCCAAUGGACGGCGCCCAUGGCCAGGCCGACCAGACGUCCAGCCAGGAGAAGGAUGAGGCGUCCAGGGAGGCCGACAAGAAGUCCAAGGACGACGAGGUGAUGGGCGAGGUGGGUGCGAGCGACCUGGACCAGGAGGGCGAGAACCACGGCGUGGUGACGGAGGCCGCGCUGUCCGACCAGAAGGAGGGGGCCGCGCUGGCCGACGAGGAGGCCAAGGCGGCGGCCAUAGCAGCCAACCUCGGCUCGCCGGAGACGGCGGCCGCGCCGACCGACCAGGGCCCCACCGCCAGGGAGCACAAAGAGGCUGAGGCCUCGGCUGGCGGCGCGGCCGCAGGCGCCGCCAAUGACUCGCUGACCAUGAUGGUUGACGCCACCGCGGCCUUGGCUGGUGGGGUGACGGCGGCCGCGCCGACGGAUGAGGCCGCCUCAGCUGGCGGCGCGGCCGCAGGCGCGGCCGCAGCCUCGGCUCCGCCCAAGAAGAGAUCCAGGGUCACGGCCGAUGCCCCAACCAGCAAGGUCGCCGCUGCGGCCAAGACGCCGCCUGGUGCGGCCAAGGCGCCCACCUCUUUUUCCACGGCCGCUGCGACGAAGGCCCCCUUGGUGGCCAAGGAGCUGCCCCCUGCUCCUCCAGUGCCGCCCCCUGUGGCUUCCAAGGCCGAGAGCAAGAAAGGAAAGGCGCAGCCCAAGUCCAAGGGCUCGCUGGACCCGCCGAUUGCGAAGGCUUUCAGGCAGGGUUCGCGCAAAGGCAGCUAG